AUGAAGAAAGCAAAGCUUGGUAAAACACACACACCUUCUGCAGAUGUUGCUCCACAGGAUGCUGGACUUGAAGAAGAUAUCGAUGGCAUUGAUGUUCUGGAGGUAGAUGUUAAAGUCGAAGGUGAGGAAGGUAACAUUACAAUGGAAAGAGAAAGAUGGUCUAAGGUAUGGAAAUUUUUUCAAAGACUUCCAAUUGGUUUUGAUGGAAGGGAAAGGGCACAAUGUGAUGAAGAACUGUGUUUACAAGAGCUUACCGAUGAUAUUAUGGAAGAUGCUAGCAGGAACAAUAAGCAUGAAUCGAUGGAGGCAUAG